CACGCGGUGUCCGCUCUCGGGUACACGAACGAGGGCGUCGCCGCGUACGUCUACCCGAGCGCGAAGUACGGGAGCGUCCCGCUGUUCCGGAUGUACUCGACGUCGGCGUCGGACCACUUCUAUACGACCGACGUGGACGAGAAGCACAGGGCGGUCGCGUCGUUGGGCUCCUCGGACGAGGGAGUUGUCGGGUACGUGUACCAGGUGAAGGUCGCGAACUGUUAA